GCAACAGGACGUGGAUGAGGUCCGGAGGCAGUCCUGGGCCCGGGCUCGGGCCUGGGCCUGGACUGCUCCUAGAGGCGCCCUAGCCGGCCGGCUGCCUUUCCAUGGAUCAGUGCAUGCACCAGCGCAGCGACCUCACCCCAUCCCCCACAACAUGCGCGCCAAGCCUCGGCCCGGACCAAUGAGCUCAGGGUCGGUCGGCCACAAAGUAACCAUCCCGGCUGUGCAGCCUCCAGGUGGGCCGGGUGGGGGUGUUCGUGGGGGGGUAUCCUCCUGCACUCCAGACUUCCCGUGAGGCAGCGCGAAUUCGCGCGCCAUAACUCAGACGCCAGGCGCGCGGGCCGAGGCGCACGGCGUGGAGCUCCGCACUCCCGUCGGGUGAACGGCCGCCCGCGAUCGCUAGGAGACGGAGCAGCGUCCAUGGACAGCGCUCGUCCUGGACAGCCUUGGCGGCGGCCGAGGAGGAGCAGCAGCUCCUCGGCAGGCCAGCAGAAUGUGGCCGUGGAGCCGAGGCGAGCCCGGCACAGCCGAGCAGGGCCGAGCCGGCCAUCCAGCGACCUAGCUGAAGUGGAGGCGGCAGAGGCGGCAGAGACAGCUGUGGCAGUGGAGGCAUCGUCGCGCCCAGUGCCCAGCAUGCCGGGGCGGAGCAGCCAUCAAGGCUCCCGCAACCGUCAAGGCUCGUCGGGCCGUCCCCGUGGCCGUUCCGGGAGGCAGCGAGCCCGCUCCCCCACCGCCAGGGCGGAGCUGAUCUUCUCCGUGAGCCAGGUAGAGCGCGCCCUGCGCGAAGGUCGCUAUGCCCAACGUCUGAGUUGCUCAGCGUCGGUGUUCCUGGCCGCCACGCUGCAGUCCUUGACUGCCACCAUGCUGGAGUCGGCCGGCAGAGAGGCCCGCUACAGGCCCCACAGGCGCAUCACUCCGGAGCUGCUGGAUUUGGCCAUCCUCAACGACGUGCCACUCUGCACCCUCCUCGGCGGAGCCACCAUCUCCAGAGUGGCCCCCAGCCGGCCCUAGAUGACGCGGAGGCAGCGGAGGCAGCGCAGGCAUCAUCGCGCCCAGCGCCCAGCAUG